AUGGAUGUGCGUGUGUGCUGUUAUGUGUUAUCAGUGGCUCUCGGAUUGGUCAGUGCUCAAAAUAGCUACACUAUUCCCGAUGUGAGAAUAGAGGUUCUUCAACCUAAAGGUUUUAGAGUUUCAAUACCUGAUGGUCCAGGGCUGGCUCUCUUCGUAUUCCAAGGGAAUUUAAACCGGAAGAUCGACAGAGACGCGGUUGGUAGCCUAAAAGGGGAGGUCCUCCGGCCAACCAAUGGUCGUUGGGUGUACGAAGACGCAAAUACCCAGCUUCGUGUCGGUGACGUCAUCAACUACUACGUAUUUGUCUCAGUGAACAGAAAGGGCUACUUGAAGGACAACUUGAGUUACACUGUACAAGCAGUUGAAGACCGCACUGGGAGUAGUCCAAAACCGGUCGGAUGUUUACCCACAGUGACAACUAUACGGGGAGGCAAUGCUUGCAGUGGUCAGAUUAUAUUCGAGGAUGACUUUUCAUCCCUGAAAGACACUUGGCAAAUCGAACAAUAUAUACCUGUUUCAUCACAUCCCGAAUAUCCCUUUGUAUCAUACCAGAGAUUGCCGGAUGAUCCUGUUGUCUAUGUGUCUAAUGGUAACCUCCAUAUUACUCCUAAGAUCCAGCAACGUAUGUCUGACUUCACUAAUGAAUCUAUUUACCUCGGAAACUUAGACCUUUUUAGCGGUUGUACAUCUCGUGCUGAAGAAUGUUACCGUCAAGCCUCUGGACCUGAUAUUCUACCACCAGUAGUCAGCGGGCGCAUAACAAGCGCAGGGUUCGCUUUUAAAUAUGGAGCCGUCACAAUUAGAGCUAAGCUACCCCAAGGAGAUUGGUUAUAUCCUGAAAUACUCCUGGAACCUUUUUUGAAGAAAUACGGUAGUUCUAAUUACGCUUCAGGUGUUAUAAAGAUUGCUACAGCACUUGGCAACCGAGAUCUGAGAGUAGGACUAGAUGAAUACGGUAAUAAAGUUUUAUACGGCGGUCCAAUCAUGGACGUAAAGUGUAGAAUGCAGCUGCUAUCAAGAAAACUGAUGGAUAACAGUCUAUGGGGUGAUGACUUCCACGAGUAUGGUCUUACUUGGACUCCCCAAUACAUAUCGCUGUCAGUGGAUGGUGAGCAAUGGGCGCGGGUGGAUGCAACGGGCGGGUUGCGCACUCGUUUCCCAAAUACAUGCACCCAUCUACCACGAAUGUUACUUGAAAAAGGCACUAGGAUAGCACCUUUUGAUGACUACUUCUACAUAACAUUGGGUGUAGCAGCUGGUGGUAUCACAGAGUUCCCGGACGACUCAUACACCGGCGGUGGACAGCCUAAGCCCUGGCGUAAUUCCGGUCGUAAGGGCAUGCUCAGUUUCUGGGAGGACCUGCCCCACUGGGGAACAACCUGGACUCAACCAGAACUCUUAGUCGACUAUAUAAAAGUCGUUGCUUUAUGA